AACCUUUAAAGGGUACAGCCUUAAAAGUUUGAGCUCAGAAGGAGGAAAGUUGUUCAACGAAGGAAUCAACGAGGCGUCUGAAGUGAGAUUCUCCGGCUUUUUGGGCAUUUUGUCCACAUUUAUCUCCUGUUUUGGGUCCAAUUCCACCAUAUCAACAGUAAACCAACAUGGCCAACGGACACGUGGAAAUCCACGACCCCUUCACGAACGGCCUCAAAAGCAGCGGCGACGACGGCGGCGACGCGGACGAUGCCUCGGGCAUGGAGGACACGGUGGAGUUCAGGAUCAUGAUGGCCUACGCCACGAGGAGACGAGUCAAGGAGAACGGCUCCGUGCACCUGAGCGGGACGGUGUCCCCACAGACGCCGCUGAAACAGUACGACUCUGACAGCGUGACGGAGGAGAAGAAGAAGAUGAAGAAGAAGAAGAAGAAGAGGGGGAUGAAGGGGUUGAAACGCCUCUUCAGCUGCGUCAAACCACGAACAAGCGACGAAGAAUCAGAACCACAGUUAGAAUGUGGUGGCAAUGCAUCCAGACGUUUUGCACCAGAUGUCAGAGACAUGGAAGAGAUGGAAGAGAUGGACAAGCUGGAAGAAGCGGCGGUCCGGCUGAUUGAGAUCGCGGAUGAAAUCCCGUUUGUGCCUUCAGAUUUACAGACGGACAAUCCAGAAGACAAUGUGGAGAGACUGAUCGGUCUGCUGCUGAGGGAGGCUGGAGACCGACUGGACGAACGGGAGCUCAGAGACGUGUCUUUGGCCAGAGAGCUUUUUUGGAACUACUCUUUCUUUAAGACGCUAAUCACGGAGCUGCUCAUGAGGAUGGGCCUCAGCUCCUCUGACCCCGAAUCUCCGGGCCCACGAGCGUCGCCCACAACCCAGAUAGCAGUGACCUGUGAGGCCACGAAUCGUUUGACAGCGUUGCAAACGCUGCCCAUGAACCGGCUGUUGGGCUACGGAGCCAGGUUUCUAAAUGAGAAUUAUUCAUCCUGGGUUCAAGAGCAGGGCGGAUACGAAGACGCUUUUGAGAGCGACGACGAGGACGAAGUCCACUGAGCCGAGACGUUUCCGUCUCCCUGUUGGACAUCUCGCUCAGACUGGACCUGCAUCCGGGAGCCGCCCACUGUGAAACCACACACGUGUCAAGUCGCCUGUCGUUGCCAUGACGUCAUAAUUAAAUAACCUCUGGCCAAAGUGUUUACGGCGUAGCCUCCGAAGCCUCCUCGCGGAAUGUGAAGAACCAAAUGUGACUUUUGGAUGUUAACACACAAGUGACGACUCAUCUGCUGCAGGAUGUGUCAGAGAAACACUCACAGGAACCUUUGAGCCAGAGCAGAGAACGUUUGUCUUUGUGCUUUAUCUUCCUGCUUUUUCUGACAAAGAAAUAAAAAAAACUUUAUUUGUGGGGUUUCAGGCUGUAGACUUCUAAAUUGAAAUGUGGUUUAAGAAACAUUUUAAAUUAAGUAUUAAUGAGCACUUGCACUUUUUCCUAAAAAAAAUAAAUGGAAACUAUUUUGCUUUUUGAUACAUGGAUUUGCUGAGGCGUGUUGCUUCUCUGUAAUUGUUGCUGGUGGACGGGUUUUUUUUCUGCUAAAGUCGUAUGUACUGUAUGAAAUGUGUGACUGAGUACUUGUUGCUCUCGUUCGUUGUGAUUACUUUGUUUCUUUUGUUUGCUGGAAACAGUCUUAAAUCUACUUUACAAUAUGAUUGUAUUAACGAAAAACAUUGCCAUUAAAUUUAAAGCAAACAAUAAAAUGUUUUACUU